CCGCCCCGCCGGUUUAAAGUUUCCCAGCUCGGCCUCUGAUUGGUCCGGAAAGUUUCUCCGGGCCGAAUAACUUCACCGCUCCGCGUCCGGAGGCGAGCAGAGGCGGCCGGGCAUCCUGCGCAGCGCUUCGGGCCGACAUGGAGGCUCCGGCGGACAGAACUGCAGCUUCACAGCGGGAGGUUUAAAUAAUAAAAGCAGGUUUGGGAAUAAAACAUAAAUAUUUUUAGCGUCAACUGGGGUUGAAAAUGCCUGGAUCUGGGCGCUGGAAUAACGCAACCUGGAUUUUGCUUCUGGCCAUUUUUCACUCGUGUUUUUCAAGUUACUCUGAAGAUCAGUGCAGCUGGAGAGGAAGCGGUUUAUCGCAGCAGCAGGGCAGCGUGGAGCAGAUCUCCCUGCACUGCUCUGAGGGAACCCUGGACUGGCUGUACCCCAAGGGGGCGCUGCGCCUCACCCUCACGCCCCGCCUGGCCCCCGUGGCGGCGGCGGGCCCCGGCGGCGGCGGCGUCACGGCCUGCGUGAAGCCGUCGGAGCAGUUCCACGGCGCCCAGCUGUACCUGGAGAGGGACGGGCUGCUGGAGCUGCUGGUGGGGGACCGGAUGGAGGCGUCGCCCCCGCCCAGGGUCCGCUGCUUCAGCCGCACGCCGGGCGAGAGGCUGGCGCUGUUCCUGCAGGCCACGCCGCAUCAGGACAUCAGCAGGCGGACCGCCUCGUUUCGCUACGAGCUGCGGGGCGGCGGGAUGGCGCGCAUGGCGCUGGACUCCAACGCCAUCAGCAGAGAAGAUGCCUGCCGGCCGUGCAACGACACCGAGAUCCUGAUGGCGGUUUGCACCAGCGACUUCGUCGUUCGAGGGAACAUCCGGUCGGUGGAGGAGGACGAAACGCUGCGCGCCGCCGUCAUCAAGGUCAGCGCCACCCGUGUUUUCCGUCAGAAGUACACGCUGUUCACGGGCAGCGGCCGGCUGGCGAGCCGCGGAGAAGUGCGGACGCUGCUGCAGUGCGGCGUCCGGCCGGGGCCCGGCAGCUUCCUCUUCACCGGCAGGGUGCACUUCGGCGAGGCCUGGCUGGGCUGCGCGCCGCGCUACAAGGACUUCCAGAGGACUUACUCUGUGGCCAAAGCCGCCCAGCAGAUCCCCUGUGAACUUCCCGUAGACUGAGACGCUUGGAUGAGAACCGGGGCGCUGAACGCCGCCGCCGCCGCCGCGCCGCCGCCGCCGCCAGGCUCCAAGUGAAUCCUCAGCAUGACUUCCUGGACUUGGACGAGAGGAUUUUAGCUUUGGACGUUUUUUUUUUUUACAAGCGCGUCGUCUGAGGCUCGUCGGUUUAAAACUCAGGAAAACAAGGAAAACUCCCACAGAAACCCCACCCGUUGGUGCGGCUGUGGGCGAAACGCGGAACGUUUUCUUCAGUGUUUUUGGUCGGAUGACGUCAGACGGCGGCGUUCAGGUGCUCGAGGUGGACAGGAGGGAGGGCUGGACAAUAAAUCGAUAGUGAUAAAUAUCACCACAUGUGAUCAAUACCAACAGAAAACAUAGAAUAUUCACUGAACUCGCCCCGCUCUCUGGUUGCCUAGCAACCUGCUGGUAAGGAGGAGUUUCAACUUCGGUCACCUAGCAACGGCCUGCUGAGUAACUUACAGCAGUUUCAUCAUAAAAGCCAAUAAAAUAAGACAACAAACGGAGUUAAAGCAGGAGAGGCCUCCAGCUUGGUAUUAUUUCAGAUAUUUAAAACAUAAUAAUUAUCGAUAUCGACCGAUACGAAUCGUUUGCAUCGGGAUCGUCCAGCCCUACGAGGAGGUCCGAUAAAAACCUCGUGAAAGGAAUCGCUGAAGAAUAUUUGCACUCAAAGGUAGAAGGGAAAAUGCUGCAAGCACUGAAAACCAAAUGAGAAAACAAAGCAACUAUAUGUAGCGUAGAGGAGCAACCGAGAAUUUAAUAUAUGUACAGAUGACGUUAGGUUAGGUUGCCAUCGUGGAUUUGAAAAAAAAAAAUGUAUGUUUACUUUCUGCCAGAAUAAAUAAGUUGGAAAUUGGACAAAACAGCCAUAAAUCUGGUUAUUUUAAAAAAACAGCUAUUCAUAACAGCUGAAAUAAAUAAAAUGAAUAUUGGUGUGUAUUAAUCCUCUAAAGAAAAAUCUGCUGUCGACUGGCUGGCACCUGAAAAAUCCGAUAUUUUUCCAGUCAUUGAACACAACCAGGAGCUACCAGUUUUGCUCUUCAGUGUAGAAGCUAAUGCUGAGUGAAGAGGACUUAGCAUUAGCCACUGUAAGCUCUAGUAAGUAAGUAAGUGUGUUUUCAGCAACGUAUGGAGUCUUGUUUGUGUUUCAUUGAGGCUGUAGAGAGACCUGGACUUUCAGGAGAAAACAGGAAGGCUGAACUCCUUCUGGGGUUUUCGGGAACCAGCUAGAAAUGCUACAGAUAUUUGUUUCUAAACCUGGAAAGUUUUUAACUCAUGGAAAUGAUUGUGUCCGUUUCAAAUAAAGAACCACAGGCGUAUUACUCUAUCCAAGCUUUUCUCUAAUAAAAACGGCUUUUUUAUUGUAA